AAAUCAUGUAUGCAACACUAUUUCAAACCUUUAUUUUACAAAUUUUUUUUGGUAAUGUCUAUGCACAGAAUAUUGUUGGUUGUGGUGGAUUUGUGAAAUCUGAUGUUCACAUUAACUUUGAAAGAGUCAAGGUCAAAUUGUAUACAAGUCAAGGUGCACUAAAAUCGACCACAGAAUGUGCACCAAAUAAUGGCUAUUUUUUGGUGGCUAUUUACGAUAAUGGUGAUUAUAUUCUCCGUAUUGAUCCACCAGAAGGCUGGAGUUUUGAUCCUCAAGAGAUUAAAUUGGCAAUCGAUGGAGUAAAUGAUCCAUGUUCUCAAGGAAAAGAUCUGAAUUUUAUGUUCACUGGAUUUACAGUUGUUGGACAGGUUAUUAGUCUUAAUAAAGAUCAAGGCCCAUCAACAGUCAUUGUCAAUCUUCACAGCAAAGAUGGCAGUGUUGUGGCAACAGAUAACACAGAUGAUGUUGGAAAGUUUAAAUUUAGUAAUAUUAAGCCAAAUGAUUACAUAGUCAAGGCUGCUCAUCCUACAUGGAAAUUCAAGAAUGAUGAGGCUAGCGUAAAGGUUUUAAAUGACAAUUCAAUUGUCGAUAACAAAAUUGUUAUAGCUGGUUUUGAUGUUAAGGGUCAUGUGCUGAGUGGUGGUGAGCCAAUACAAGGUGUCUCUUUUGUUCUUUUGUCAAAAGAUGUGGAUAAAAAGGACAUCACAAACUGUGAGAAAGUUUCAGAGGAUAUUUUGAAUAGCAUUAAAAUUGAAGACAAUGAGAAAGUACUUUGUACGGUCGUGUCACAAAAAAAUGGUGCAUUUGUCUUUCCGACAAUACCAAGUGGUACGUACAUGCUGAUUCCGUUUUACACAUCUCAGAAUAUUGUUUUUGACAUCCUACCACAAAAGCUGUCGUUUUCAGUCAAUUAUAAAAGUGUGGAAUUUAAGACACCAUUCCAGGUUUAUGGUUUUUCUGUUCAAGGCAAAGUAGUGGACAAAGAGAGCCAGGGAAUACAAGGUACUGUUAUCAGGGCAGUUGGAACAGGUGGAGAGGAAAGGAAAGCAAUAUCUGGCAUUGAUGGAAAGUAUUUGCUAGAAAAUGUGACCACAGGACAUUAUGUUUUUAAGAUGGAAAAAGACCAUUAUUUUUUCACUGAUGAGAAGGUUCACAUUACUCCUAACACACCAAAGCUAAAAGAUAUUCUAGUGAAGGAAUAUCACUUGUGUGGGUCAGUAGACGUUGUUAAUAUUCCACCAGGUGUCUUACCAGUCGGUCAGCAUAGAGUGUUGUUGCAACCAGAAGGAGGACAGAACACUGCAAUUAAAACAACGUCUCCAGAUCAAAACGGUCGUUUUUGUUUUAAGGUGGAACCAGGAACUUACAAAUUGGAGGUUCCGUUAACAGAAGAUGAGAAGAAACUUGGGUUCCUCCUAAAGCCAUCUCAUCAUGUUAUUAAUGUGAAGUCUUCACCUUUGCUUGAUUUGAAGUUUACACAGUUUCUGGCAGUGGUUAAGGGUAGCUUGCGUUGUAUUGAACCGUGCACUGAUGUUGCUGUUCAUUUGACACACAUUACUCAACCAAGUGAAAAAAAUUAUGCACAGAUUGAAAACAUUGGUGCUGAAAUACAUUUCACAUUUGUCAAUAUUCUACCAGGAAAAUACAAAAUUACUCCACAACGAAAAAAAUGGUGCUGGAAUCCGUCCAAUGUUGAAGUGGAAGUAAAAGAUCUUGACGUCAGCAAUGUUAAGCUGCAACAUUCUGGUUACUACUUAAAAUGUGUUAUAUCACACAAUAUUACGUUGAAUUUUAAAUUGGACGACAAGGAGGAAACUGUUGGGUCUUUUGAACUGAAGAAAGGUUCUAAUCAAUUCUGUUUGAAAACAGCUGGCCGGUAUUCGCUGAUGCCAAAAUCUUGUUAUCGGUUUGAGAAAGAAACAUAUUUUUACAACACAAAUGAACCUAGUACUCUCACUUUAACGGUGGAAUCGUAUAAAAUAGUGGCGAAAAUAACGACCACAAAGAAAGUGACGGAUUUGCAGCUUACUAUCAGGUCGUUAUCAAGUAAUCAUAUAGAAACUAUAACACCAACACUGACAAAUGAAGAAUCACAAUCUGGUUUCGUUUAUGAAGCAUUACAUUGGGGAGGACUGUCUGAAGAGUUUACAAUGACGCCAAUCUCCAAAGAAAUAUUGUUCUACCCAGAGACGGAUACUGUGCUUGUUAAAGAAAACUGUCCAGGUGCAACAGCUGAAUUUAAAGGUCAUGAAGGGAUAUUUAUUGAGGGACAAAUCUCUCCACCAUUUCCUGCUGUUUCAAUUACCAUAACUCUAAAGAGAAAUGAAAAACAUGCAGAGAAGACCAUUGAUGUGUUGACAGAUAUGGCUGGAUAUUAUAGAGUCGGUCCAGUGCACAGUGAUAUUCAGUAUGAUGUGGCUGCUUCUAAAGAAGGUUAUCAUAUCACACCUCAGCCAGAUCGUAAAGGGAGUUUCAUUGCACAGAAGUUGGCCCAUAUCACGGUUAAGGUUGUUGAUGAAACUUUAAACGGAAUGGGCUCUGUGUUGCUUUCAUUAAGUGGUGGACAGUUUCGAAACAAUAACUUGACGCAAGCUGACGGCACAUUCACAUUCUCCAAUCUAGGUCCAGGACAAUAUUUUUUACGUCCAAUGCAGAAGGAAUACAGUUUUACGCCUAACAGUAAAAUGAUAGAGUUGUUGGAGGGAGAAGAUUUAGUGGAACAAAUUGAAGGAAGACGUGUUGCAUAUAGUUGCAGUGGAAGUUUAACUACGUUGUCGGGAAGUCCUGAAGAAAGAAUUGGUGUGGAAGCGGUUGGUUUGCACAAGUGUUCUGAGUAUCACGAGUCGGCAAUUUCUGAUCAUCAUGGACACUACAGAUUGCGAGGUCUACAACCUGGUUGUUCGUACAACGUCAGACUUAUAAAAUCUGCUGAGAAUAUGCACAUUGAGAGAUUCGCACCAACUAACCAAGUAGUACAGGUUCCAAAAAAUGACGUUACAAAUGUCGACUUCAUCGUGUUUACGAAACCAACAAAGUUUCAUGUCACUGCACAAAUUGACACAGAGCUCGAUUUACUACCGACAAUAAGGGUGUUGCUGUACGACGAAGAGAAUAUGGAAUCUCCGUUGCAUACCAUUAAUCCUGGUGCUGUGACGUUUAUUCAUUUCCCUCCUUUAAAACCUAAGACAUACGUUAUUAAGUUGCAAAGCACUUUAUCGUCAAACACUCAUGAAUUGAGAUCAACUUCAGCUACUAUCUCUCCUGAUGAACAUCUUAGCAAACGUCAUGUCAAAUUAAAGUUUGAAGCAAAGGAACGAAGUAUAGACAUGGAACCCACACAAUCUGUCAUAGCACUCCCGUUAGCUGUAGCUUUUGUGUUUUUGGCUUAUAAUUACGAUACGGUAUUAGUGAUCCUGUUGAAGUUGAACUCGUUUAUUCAAAAUUUUAAUAAAACUGAAAGCUCAGAUGCCGAGAGUGAUCAAGACGAGGAGACAUCAAAGAUUUCUAGAAAGAAACGUCGUUAAUAAACAUGGCUGUUAUUUUUAGAUAGGUUAAUUUUUUUGGAAAUAACCAGUGUUUGCUGUCGUAAUGUCGCCGUCAUUUUUUAAGGUUUAGGCAUUACUCAAGAAAGAACUCUCAAAGUUUUGAUGCCUCUAUUUGCAUUUUUCAUUUACCUUUACAAAAAGACCAUUUUCUAACAGCAUUACCAGCAUUCUUAUUUUAUCCAAGCAAAAAUAUUUGAAUUUUUAUCUCUUUUUUUUUGUACUUAGGUGUCAUUGUAUUUAUAUCUUUUUUGAGAAUUAGUUAAAAUAUUGUGUUAUCCAAGAAUCACCUCUUCGCAAUGUUAUCCAAAAUUUGAAUAGUUGAAGGAAAUAAAAAUAACGGUUAGAAACAUAUGCACCUA